AUGGAUUUUCGAAAUCUGUGCUCCAAGUUCGAUGUGGAUGCAAUACGAGCGAAAUUUCCACCCCUGCCCGAUGUAAUGACCCAGAUUAAAUUACCAAAGUCAAUGUCAAAAUUAAAGUCACGCAAAAUAUUCCGCAUGUCCCGUGAAGAUGUUAGCCGCUCUUCGUCGAAGCGGCGUUCCGCCAGUAUUGAUGACAUCGCUGCCAGCGGUAAACUGCAGCAGCAAAAUCCCUUGGGCCCACCAUUUACUAUACCAGUACCGCCCACACCUUCCGAUUUUGUAAAUCACACACCGGAGAGGAUCUCAACCAUAUCUUCGUUGGUAGACAAGAAGGGUGGUGGUGUUGGUGGUAGAGGUCGCAGUUUGGGCCGUGGGGCCACAAUGAAAAAACACCACUACCAGGAUCAGGAUGAGGAGAGUUUUUAUCGCAGUGCCGGGGGCAUAGAUGAUUAUUGUCCCUCGCCCGAAAAUGUGCCGCAGCGUCACAUGAGUCCACCCUCGCUGAGGAUGAGAAACGAUAGAUCUCAGGCGGCUCUUUCACCCAGCCGUCGCACCAUUUCCGAAUCCAAUGUCAAAAUGUCUUUCAAGGAAAAAUGCCAAAAAGGCUAUCGCGAUGUUUCCGAUUUCCGGCUGAAACAUGUCUUCGCCAAGAAAACUGUGGUACGUCAGGACACAAUACAGGUUACGGAAUAUGUUCGACGUUUUGAGGAAGAACGCCGCAUAGAGGAAAGUGAAGAGGAGCGGGAGGCUCGAGAGCUGGAGGAAAAUUAUAAAUUUAAUUUCAAAACAUCGCGUCGCAAAUCGGAUGAGUCAUUUGGGGUAAGUACCCCCAGAGAGUCUCCUCGCACUAGGCUACAAGCCACAAAUCCCAAAAAGACACUAAGUGAGCAAAGUGGGGAUGAGAGUGGUAUGGAACAGACGCCACCGGCUAGAAGGCCGGGGAUUGCGGCCACACGAUUUGCUCGGGUGCGCAAGGAUCCUUUGCGCAUGUCCUUGGAUGAGGAUGAUGGUAUUAAAUCUCCUCCCAGCAGGCAAAAAUCUCAAGAGGAGGAGGAAGAUUUAGACGAAGAAGAAGAUGAGGAAAAGAGUGACAUCGAAUUGGAUGAAGUAGAGGUGGAUAAGCCACCCAUACCUCUGCACCCCAUUGAGAGUGCCCUCUAUAAUAAAAUCAACAAACAAAAAGAGGAGGAAGAGGCUGCCAGAGCUAGGCAGCGGGAGAAAAUGCAAAAGUCGCGCAGCAUUAAGAAGCGUUUGGGUACCUUUAAAAGUGUCAGUCAAGAGGGUUCGCUGGCCAGCAACUCUCCAAUGAAAAAACGCCGAGCUCCCCUAAGUCCCCAGGAAUCCGAAGAGAAACCCAAAUCUCCCAAGGCCUCCCAAGGCAUCAAGCAAAAUUUCAAGCGACUGCAGAAAUCUAUAAAAUUACCCAAUAUGAGCCUUAGCACCACCUCCCUUUCGCGCGGAGCUGAAUCAGACGUUGAGACCGGGGAGAACACCGAGUCUGGAAAGCCGGCAAAAGCUUCCAAAACUCAACAAUUUGCCGAACGUUUAAAACGUUUCCGAUCCGUCGAUAAUGUGGACAAGCAAACGGAUAAUGAGGCGGAAGGAGAGGCAGCCGGAAAAUCUCCCGGAUCUCCUUUACAAAAAAUCACUCAUAAGUUGCAGGAUUGGAAGAAAAGUUUCAAGCGAAAACCCACGGAGCCGAACAGUGAUGAGGAUAUGCCCAGCUCAGCGGCAUCACCUCAGAAACGAGAGAGGCCUGUGGGUACCCUGAUCAAGCGAUUGCAACACAUACGCAAUCGUAAACAGGCCAGUACCGAUGAUCCCGACGACGAUGAAGAAGGUGGUCAUAGCUAUCGCGAGAGUUUUAAAUCUCGUGCAAAAUUGCAGUGGGAAAAGGGUAUGGCAGCGGCCCAGCAUAUGCCUCAGCUGACCAUGGAGAAGUUGAAGGAGUCCAAGAAAUUAUUCCGCAAGAAGCAAGGCAAGGAUAAGGACAAGAAGCCAAAGGACAAAGAUUCCGCAACGAAGGCGAAUGAAAGUGGUGAAUCCGAUUUGGAGGAAAGUGAGGCAGAGGAAACGACGAAAAUGAAGUUGAAAAAGAAGGGCAAGGGGAAACCAGACAAAUCUCCUACUACUGCCCGACACUAUUACAGCUCCGAUGACGAGGAUGAGGAAGACGAAGAGCAGGACAAGGCAAAAGAAACUACCAAGGUUACCCUGGAACCCUAUCAACAAAAUGUAAUGGUACCUCUGUCCCGGGCAGCAUGGACUGCCAAACCCAUACUCACAGAUUCGGGAGAUGAUCUCGAUGAGGACGAUGAUAUAUUGCCAAGGGUUUUGAUACACCAGGAUAAUACUGAAGGCUUUGAGUCCACCCUGAUAAUUGCAGUCAAAUGUCCCAUUUCUAGAUCUCCCACAAGGACACCACCCUAUAUCACGGAAUUACCACCAGAUUAUGAAGAUUCUGCCAAGGAGGAGGGUUCUCUCUCACCCGUGGAUUCUCCCAAAGUGUCCUCCCCCGAAACUAGGGCGGAUAGUUGGGUACCUUAUAAAGAAAAAGUUGCCAAUUUAUCGGACUUUCAAACACCACCACAUUCAGUACGGGGAGAAGGGGGAGGAGAACGACGCCAUUCCAAGGACUCCAUAUUAUCCUCGGGCGGUUCAAGAAGUCAUCAUUCACGUAAACAUUCCAUUGAUUCUAGUUCGGAAGAUUCAUGGAUGAAAGAUGUCCCACGGGAUACCUCAAAUGCCAUAGGCCUGAAUAGUGUCUAUGAAUCGGAGGAGCCAUGGAAAAUUCAGACCGGACCAAAAAUGGAUGCUGAAAAGCUCUACAAGACGAAAAGUAUUGAUAUUUUCGAGAAGCAUAAACAGCAGGGUAUGGAGCUGCAUAUUUUUGAAGAUUUUGAUGAUGAGCUAAAAAAUACCCCAGUGGUGAAGAUAGGUAAGGAAGGGGAGGGGAAGGAUGAUGAAAAGAAGAAAUCCCGCCAACAAAGUUGGGAGGAGGAGGAAAGUGGUGAGGAGAUGGAUCAACCUGAUGAUGAUAACUCUUCGAGGAUAACUAAGAUUCUGAAGCAGCCAGAAAUCAACCCGGAAGAUGAAGAGGAAGGAAUCAAAAAGAAAAACCAAGAAAAUCUGGAAAAAGAAGAAAAAUUGGAAAAAUCCAAGUUUGCCAAUAGCCCUGAAAGCCUUAAUGGACAAUUGGAGAGAAAUGUUACCCCUAUGACAGAUAGUGGGGCCGAGGAGGACAAUGAGGAUAGCAGUGAGGAGGAUGAAAAGAACAAAGUGGAUGAUGAUGAGGAGGAGGGGGAGAAUGAGGAAGAUGAGGAGGAGGACGAAGAAGAGGAAGAUGAUAGGCCACCAUCUCACAAGCCCUCACCACCACCCACAGAAGUCAAGGCCCCUGGAACACCAGCCAAAGAAGUACCAACCCCAGAAACACCACCACCCCCAGUGCCCCAAAGACAGCCCUCAAUACGCCUUAGCGGAACCAGCAAUAUACCCAAACAACCUCCACCACCCUUACCAGAAAAAGCGGAAGAACGUGAAAUAACACCACCACCCUUACCCCAGAGCAAGCCUCCCUUGCCACCCAAUAGACCACAGCAGGUAGUGGUGCCACCGAAAAUACCCGAAAGAACACCCUCCAUGAAUAGAGUGAGCCGGCCAUUGGUAAAGACAGCUUCCCUACGCCUCGCCUACAGUGAACAAGUCAAUCCCGAGGAUGUCGGUAAGGUAAAUAAAUUAAUAUCGAAAUUUGAGCCGCAACGGAGGCCACGUCUAAUUCCACGCAGAGUCUAUUCAUCACAGGAAUCCUCUUCGCAAGACUAUUCAGAUGAUGAAGAGAACGAGGAGGAGAAUGACGGGGAAACCGAAAAUGAGCUGGAAAAGCCACGUAGCCGUAAUCUGUCCCUGGAUAGGACACCGACAAAUAAACCGAAAUUACAAAAAUCAUUUUCCAUUGAGACCCAAAAUGAGGCGGAAUUAAAAAUGAUGGCCAGCAAAACGUUAAGAAGGGCUCCGGAACCACCAGCCUUAACAAUGGCAACUAAGGACCCACAGAACAACAACAAUUUUGAUGUCAUGGAAAAACUACAAAAUUUACAAAUCAACGAAGCUAAAUUAGUAAACAAUAACAACCAGAACAACAACAAUCCCCUACGAGGACCACCACCACCCUUACCCAUUAUCAUAACAACAACAGCAGCAUCGAAAUCCUCACUACAGGACGACUCCCCACCACCACUCACAAAAACCAUCACUUCGAAUCGUCAUAAUUCCCUUAGUCAAUACGACAGUAAUUCAAAUUGUAGUCAACCGAAUUCCGAAUAUGGUUCACCCAUGGCCUAUCCCUCCAGCCUAAUGGGUUCCUCCGCCGAAGUUACACCCACUUCGAAUCGCAAAGAUGCGGAAUUGUUAAAUACCCAUUAUCGUUCGACGAGACGCAGCAUGGCCCGUGAUGAUGAACAUUUCUAUUCAUUUGACAGUGAUGAGGAAAAUAGCUACUAUUCUAUAAGUUCAACGGGUAGUAAUCGCUAUGUGGUUGAAUUGUAA